GCAAGAAAGGGUCUGCUUAAAGCUUACUGAACAAAGCUGUUUGUUGCUGCUUCUUCUUCUUCAUUUUUCUUCAUUGUUGCAGAAUCUAGCGGGUUUCUUCAAUUGAAUCGCAAAAUGUUUCUGACCAGGACUGAGUAUGAUAGGGGUGUGAAUACCUUCUCUCCUGAAGGUCGAUUGUUCCAGGUUGAGUACGCCAUUGAAGCUAUUAAGCUUGGUUCGACUGCAAUUGGUUUGAAAACAAAGGAGGGCGUUGUGCUUGCUGUUGAGAAACGUAUUACAUCCCCACUACUGGAACCAAGUAGCGUGGAAAAAAUCAUGGAAAUUGAUGAGCAUAUAGGAUGUGCAAUGAGUGGAUUAAUUGCUGAUGCUCACACACUUGUUGAACAUGCUCGAGUUGAGACCCAGAACCAUCGGUUCUCAUAUGGUGAACCAAUGACUGUGGAGUCUACAACUCAAGCUCUUUGUGAUCUAGCCCUAAGAUUUGGUGAAGGCGAUGAGGAGUCCAUGUCUCGACCAUUUGGUGUAGCUCUUCUCAUUGCCGGCCAUGAUGAGAAGGGUCCCAGCUUAUUCUACACUGAUCCAUCUGGCACUUUCUGGCAAUGCAAUGCUAAAGCUAUCGGUUCAGGUUCUGAAGGUGCAGAUAGUUCUCUGCAAGAGCAAUACAACAAGGACCUAACUCUUAAAGAAGCUGAAACCAUAGCACUGUCUAUUCUGAAGCAAGUUAUGGAAGAGAAGGUGACUCCCAACAAUGUCGAUAUCGCGAAGGUGGCUCCGACAUAUCAUCUGUACACUCCUGCAGAGGUGGAGGCAGUCAUUAGCCGGCUAUGAGAAGAGGUUCUUUUGAAAAUCUUCCCAGCUGUUAUGUUUCUUGUCACUGGCUUGUAUUUGUACACUCUUUGUCUGGUGAGGGAGAAUCUCAGGUUUUUGGCUACUUUCGACGCUAUUGGUGAUGUGUUUAUCGAUUAAUUAUGGGACAUUCUUGAUGGUUUAUUCCGAACUUUAGACGCACAGUUUGAUUAGUCCUUUUACGAAAGCUCUGAACACGAUUCUUAUGCGCCAUUUCGUUUCAAAACGUGAAAAUAUCUUGUGGCAAAUAGGAAACAUUCGAGUUAGCAGCAUGCAAAUUCAUGUCUCUA